GUCGUCUGUCUGAUCCGUUAGCCUUCAGUUGUUAUCCCGUUAUUUGUUAAAAAUUGUCAUUUCCUUCAACAUUUCAUAUUCAAACCUGUUAACAUUUUUAUAGUUUGAUAUGUCCUUAGUGAACUUAAAUUUAAACUUAAAUACAGAUCGUGCAAUUAACAAAAUCGCCUUCUGCUCGGCAGUAGUGGCUGGGUUCGCAUAUGUAGGAUAUUCCGUUUGCAGAACAGCCUUCUCAAGAAGACGAAGAGGCAGAGGAAAUGAGGACUCGCCACAUCGCAGCGUUUUCCUUCGACGGUUGUCGCAAACCACGCAAACGGAUGGAUUGUUGGGAGAUUUUUUCACAGAUGGACAACCAAAAAUUGUUCUGAGGCCAAAAUCUGUUCAGGAACGUAUACGAGAUCUGAACAUGCAAGCCAGACAGUUUGCUAGUGCUGUAACAGCUAUUCAAACCAAUGCCAAUUGUAAGAUGAAUGGUGUCAGCGGAAGAAGUUUACAGGUUACGCCAUGGGGCUCCCCUCGACUUCUCAGCCCAGUUGAUGUUCGUCACAUUCCUGAAUAUGUAGAGGCUGAUAGAGAUCAGCAUUACUCUCCUGGUCACUCACCAAAUAGGUAUCGCUGGAGUAGAACCGAAUCUUUGAAAUCCUCAAAUAAGGUGUUAUUGGAAGUGGGUGAUAAUACAAAGUUGAAAGAAUGUGAGCAACUUUGGCAUGUUGAGAAAGACAACAUCACCCAAAAACUUCCCGAUCUGUUAAGCGAUAGCCAUAGAGAAAUAAGCCUUCAGGAAGCUCAGCACUUAGCUGCUGUGCUGGCUUCAAAUGAAACUCCCUUGCUUUUGGGUACAUUAACAAUUGUUGCAAAUUUGGCUGUAUUCACCGCCAACCAGGACAAAUUUAGGGAAGCAGGUCUCAUUGCAGUUCUACCGAAACUGGUAUUGCAUUCAAAUCGACAAAUAAAGCAGAAAACUUGCUUGGUAGUCGCCAAUAUGGCAAUGAACGAGAAAAACAAUAUUGAAAUGCGAUCGGUCACCAUUAGUUUGGUUUCCCUGUUCCGUACGGCAACGUUAGCUGAUCCAGCCUUGAUUGCUUCGGCACUAUUGGCUUUAAUAAAUAUUUCUGUCAUGCCUUCGUGGCAUAAAGAAAUCAAAACUUCACUUCACAAGUGCUAUAGCUUACUGGAUGAAGGCCAUUGGAAUAGUGACGGUGUUUCCUUCCAGUCCCUACGCUUAUUAAUCAAUCUCAGUUGCAACGAAGAAAUGGUUCCAAGCCUUUUGGCUGCUCAGGCACCUUCUAAGUUGAUCUAUAUGGUCGACAUUUCCAUGCCUGAGGAAGUGGUUUUACGUGUUCUUACCCUUCUUGCUAAUUUAGCAAGUGUUACCAAACAACUGAAUAUUGACCCACUUCAUUUACCAGCCGAAAAUAAAGCCGCCGCCCCGGACACGAUGUAUGCUGCUGUUUUUGGUCUGUCUAUAGUGGAGAGAUUAAAGAAAAAAGUUCGAAGUUUGUCCGAACGUCAUGCAAAUCCGGAUGUCUGCCUGCAGGCGCGUAGAUUGUUGGAUGCGUUGUCUGAUUGAAGAUCAAUACCAACCUUCGUUCCCCCCCCCCCCUUGCUGCAAGAAAAAAAAAGAUAAAAUUCUAGAAAAAGCACUGAUUGUACAAUAUUUUCGCUGCUAGGUCUAGUCACGCUUCUUGCACUGUUGCAAAUCCGUCGCCGAAGUUUAUUUCAAAACAAAUAAACAGGCUUGUAUGAA